AUGCUGGAGGGCGUUUGGACGCUGCAAGCCCCAGCAUCCGGCGAGGGGGGUGAUGGAUCGGAGAACCAGGCAGCCCUCGCGGUGUUCAGCCAGAUCAUGCUGGUGAUUGCCACGCUGACGCUGGGCCACGCCGCCAGCCGGCGCGGCAUCAACUGGAUCGGCGAGGCGGGCAUCGCCCUGCUGCUGGGCGUAAUGAUUGGUCUCAUUUUCAUCGGAUUUAAGAAGGACAUUUUCAUGCUGGCCAUCCUGCCGCCCAUCAUGUUUGAGGCGGGGUUCAGGCUGGACAUGGAUCGCUUCAUGGCCAACAUCGACGGCAUCGCCACCCUCGCCUUCCUGGGCACCCUGAUCAGCACGUUUGCGAUGGGGGGCGUGGUGUGGGGCGCCGGGGCGCUGGGCCUGUGCCCGCCCUUCAGCCCCCUGCCCGCCCUGCUCUUUGGCUCGGUCGUCUCCGCCACAGACCCCGUCACGGUGCUGGCGGUGUUCCAGCGCCUGGGCGCCCACCCCGACCUCUACUCCCUCGUGUUUGGAGAGUCGGUGCUGAACGACGCGGUGGCCAUGGUGCUCUACCGCUCCCUGUCCACCUUCCUGGCCACGCCCGUCACGCCCGCCGCCCUGGCCGCCGCCGCCGCCUCCUUUGUGGGCGUGUUUGUGGGCUCCAUGCUGGUGGGCUGCGGCCUGGCGCUGCUGGCUGCGGCGGUGGUCAAGACCAAGCACUUCCGCAGCCGCCACAUGCCGCUGGAGAGCAGCCUGGUGGUGCUGCUGGCCUUUGCCUCCUACAUGCUGGCCGACGGCCUCAUGCUGUCGGGCAUCGUGUCGGCGCUCUUCUGCGGCAUCUUCAUGGCGGCGUACGCCAAGCCCAACAUGAUGCCAAACAGCCGCGACAGGGUCAGCUCCUUCUUCAAGCUGCUGUCCACGCUGGCCGAGGUGUUUGUGUUUGUCUACAUUGGCGCCUCGGUCUUCAUGAGCGGCCAGGGCUUCGACAACCGGCAGCUGCUGCCUUUCCUGGGCGUGUGCUUUGUGGCGCUGGCUGUGUCGCGCGCCCUCAAUGUCUGGCCCUGCGCAGCGCUGGUCAACCUGGGCCGCCCCCGGGAGCUGCGCAUCCCGCAGUCGCACCAGGUCAUGCUGUGGUGGAGCGGGCUGCGGGGCGCAAUGGCGUUUGCCAUCGCGCUGGAGGCGGCAGAGGCGGGCAGCCUCAUGCUUGCUGCCACCUACUGCAUCAUCCUGGCCACAGUGCUGAUCAACGGCGGCGCCUGCACCUGGCUGCUGGGACGCCUGGGGCUCAAGGCGGCGCGUGGCUCAGGCCACACCUUCUACAGCCUGGCAGCCGGCCUGGAUGCCGUGGAGGGUGGCGACACCGCCGGCAUGUCUGACAGCGCUGCCGAGGCAUUCCUGGAGGCGGCGGCUGCGGAGGAGGGCGGGCAGCUGGCGGCGGGCGGCUCCCCCCUCAGCACCUCUGUUCGGUCGCUGGGCAGUGCCUCGGGCUCCAAACUGUCGCCCCGCCACAACAGCGAGCCGCAGGCGGUGCCCCACGGCCAGCAGCUGCGCCAAGCCCCCCGCUCCUCCGGCCUGCUCAGGCAGUGGACGCAGGUGCACGAGAACGUCUUCUCCGGCCUCUUCCUGGACGGCAGCCACGAGCUGGAGCAGCAGCCCAGCAUCGCGGGCGACUACGACGGUGCCACCACCGUGGCGGGCCCCGCCUCGGUGGACCCCCGCCAGCAGGGCAUGUGGCGCCUGCGCCGCUGGCUGGGCCGGUAG